ACUCUUGUUUUGCUCCUUGACAACCCUGGCGGGGGUGAGCUAGCUGCGGCCCGGGCUCCAGCCCCCGCGGGAGCAGCACCCCUUGGGUGAAGGCGUUUUCUGCUCCCAUCAAGCUGGCAGGGCCUGCUUCCUGAGUCUCCUGGGUGUGUUUUAAUUGCCAGUCCCAGCACCUUCUGAGAGCCCACUCUCCCUUCCAGUGGUCACAGUGGAAGGAUCAUGGGAGAAGCAGAAGGGAAGAAAGAUGAGGCUGAUUAUAAACGGCUGCAGACCUUCCCUCUGGUCAGGCACUCGGACAUGCCAGAGGAGAUGCGAGUGGAGACCAUGGAGCUAUGUGUCACGGCCUGUGAGAAAUUCUCCAACAACAACGAGAGUGCCGCCAAGAUGAUCAAGGAGGCGAUGGACAAGAAGUUCGGCUCCUCCUGGCAUGUGGUGAUCGGCGAGGGCUUUGGGUUUGAGAUCACACAUGAGGUGAAGAACCUCCUCUACCUGUACUUCGGGGGGACCCUGGCUGUGUGUGUCUGGAAGUGCUCCUGACACUGUCCCCUACCCCUGCCCCCGACCCUGCGGGGCCUUCUCCUGCCAUCCAUCUGGCGUGGGGAGCAGCCCCAGGAGGGUCCUAGUUUUCUGAAGGAGAGCAUGGGGCCUUUCUUUUGUCCUGUGUACCAGUGUCCUAAGCCAUGCCCAGUGUGUGAACUUACCAACAUCUGUAUCCCCAGGCUCCCAGCCAUCUCACUCUGGGUCCCAGGGUGUGAAGGGGGCAGUAGGCAGUGGUCUCGAUGCAGGGGAGGGUGGCAGAUGUGACAGGGUAGGAGGAGGGUGGGGAGGUGGAACUUUUCUCACAAAGACGUGCCAGCCCCACCUCUCUUGGGGCUACACCUGCUUGCAUCCGGGAGCCCCCUGCCUUCCACCCCAGCGUGCUGUCAGGUGCCCCCUGCACAUGUCUUUACUGACCAUAUGCAAAUGGCCCCAAGGAGGAGCCUCUCCUCCCCAGGGGCACCAGCAGCUCCUCUCUGUCCUCUGAAGAAGUGGUAACUCCCCAGAAGCCCUUCCCCAAGUUGACCCCAGGCUGAACCACCACUGCAUCUCAUUGGGCCAACAGCUCCACCACCCGGCUUCAGCCUGAGGACCAAGCAGCCUUCCCAUCCCCUCCUCCUCCCCAGCAGCCAGGCUCUGUGAACCUUUCCCACUGCCUCCAGCGCAGUUGGGACCAGUGGCUGAGGGCGUGGGAACUGCCGUCCAGCACUUCCUCCAGGUGUCACUGAGCCUCCAGGUGUCACUGAGCCUCUGGUGAGCCGCCUGGGCCAGGAGUGCACUCACCGCGAGGCCUGUUUCAGCAGGGAAACCUGGCCUGCCAGUUACUUCUCAUCAGGGACCGCAUGCUAAUUUGUACUUCUUAUCUCUGCUGGGUUUUCUAUAUUCUUUUUGAGUGUGGGAGAAGCGUUUUAGUAGAAGGAUGAAUCCUAUUUUCCAUAGCGGUCUUAUUUAUAUAAAUGUCUUGGUUUUUACAAUUAAAAUGGAAAAAACUCACUC